GUUCGUAGGGGACUCUGGAAGGCGGGGUGUGGCGACAUGUGGUGGCGCCCCUGGCUGCCCGCCUGCCUGGCCUGGGGCUGCGUGGCCGCGCUGUGCGGCUCCCGCGGGCUCUGCCCGGCUCCGAACGCCUCCCGCCCCGAGCCGGGUCAGUGCCCGCGGCGCCGGGCGGCGGAGCUCUGCGCCUGGGCCCUGUCCUCCGACAGCCUCCUAGAUACUUUUCCAGUUGAUGUUAUCCAAGAAAAUUAUGUCCGUAAUGUGAGAAACUGCAUUUUUUCCGUUGUCUAUCCUACACCUUUUAAAUCUAGAGUUCAUCUUGUAGCUGUUUCAAAGGAAGUUCUUGAAAAUAUUUUGGAUCUUGAUAUAUCUGUCAAAGGAUCAUCUGAUUUUCUGGAGUUCAUCAGUGGUGGGAAAGUGACAUUUGGGUCUGUUCCACUGGCCCAUAGGUAUGGGGGUCACCAGUUUGGUAGCUGGGCAGGUCAGCUGGGGGAUGGAAGAGCCCACUUGAUCGGAGUAUAUACAAACAGGCAUGGUGAGAGGUGGGAACUACAGUUAAAAGGGUCAGGAAAGACCCCAUACUCCAGGAAUGGUGAUGGAAGAGCUGUGCUUCGCUCUUCUGUUCGAGAGUUUUUAUGUAGUGAGGCCAUGCACUAUCUUGGAAUUCCUACAAGCAGAGCUGCUAGCUUAGUUGUAAGUGAUGAUGAUGUGUGGAGAGACCAGUUUUACAAUGGAAAUAUUAAGAAAGAAAGAGGUGCAAUAGUGCUACGACUUGCCAAAUCAUGGUUUCGUAUAGGAUCCUUGGAAAUCUUAGCUCACUCUGGGGAACUGGACUUACUAAGAAGAUUGCUAGACUUUAUCAUCCAGGAACAUUUUCCAUCAAUAGCUAUGAAUGAUUCAAAUAGAUACCUGGAAUUUUUCUCUACAGUCGUGUCAGAGACUGCAAAUCUCAUUUCCUUGUGGAUGUCUGUGGGGUUUGCACAUGGUGUGUGCAAUACAGAUAACUUCAGUUUAUUGUCCAUAACAAUAGAUUAUGGUCCAUUUGGAUUUAUGGACUCCUAUGACCCAAAUUUUGUUCCAAACACAUCCGAUGAUGAAAGGAGAUAUAAAAUAGGAAAUCAGGCAAGCGUUGGGCUGUUUAAUCUGAGCAAGCUGUUACAAGCUCUAAAACCUUUAUUGGAUCCCAGGCAAAAGCAGCUAGCUUCCCAAGUUUUGGAGGGGUAUAGUGAGCACUAUUACAGUCGUUUCACAGAACUGUUCAAAACAAAAUUGGGUCUUCUUGGGAAGAAUGAGAAUGAUGACUAUUUGAUUGCUUUCCUCUUAAAAAUUAUGGAAGAUACUAAGGCUGAUUUUACAAUGACAUUCCGAGAGCUGAGUGAAAUUACUGCAGACCAGUUAAAGGAGCUCCUUAUUCCUGAGGAGUUCUGGGCUCUCCAGGAUCUGGGUAAACACAAAUUAUUUUCAGAAUGGGUUACUAUGUACCUCCUGAGAUUAAACAGUAACAAUGGUGACUCAGACUCCAAAAGAAGAACAAGAAUGGCAACUGUUAAUCCUAGAUACAUACUUAGGAAUUGGAUGGCAGAAUCAGCAGUGCAAAAAGCUAAUCUGAAUGAUUUCUCAGAGGUUCAGCUCCUAGAGCAGGUUUUACAACACCCCUUUCAGAGGCAGGAGGCUGCAGAGAGGGCAGGGUACUCCCUGCGUCCCCCAGCUUGGGCCAAGCAUCUGAAGGUCAGCUGCUCAUCCUGAGGGGAAUUCAAACAGGCAAGAAUGGUCAAGGUCAAAGCUCAAGCCUUCAAAUAGGGCAAAUGGAUCAAGCCCCAGGAACUUCUCUCCCUUAGAUUUUGUGAACUGGAAUCUGCUACUGUUCUUGACCAACUUACGAAGUCUUAAGAUUAAAGAAGCGCACCACUAUGUAUGGUUGCAUUUGCAGAUUAUAUUGGCAUUGACAUCUCUGCAUCUCACAUUCAGCUGUGUUUUACUUUGAGUCCCCCUAUUUAAUUUCUGCCAAACUGUCACACUUAACCUCUCAAAAUUCAUGACUGAUCAGGUGGGUCUUAAUAGAUUUUAGUGACCGAUCAAUCUAAAAUCCAUCUAAGCUAGUUUUAAUAAUGCAGUAUUUUGAUGAGGUUUCCUCUUGCUGUUACACACUUGUCAAAUAUAGCUGUGUUCUGCAUACAUAAAUGUUCUUAAAUCUUGCAGAUGUGGCACAGAGGAUCAUCUUAGACCUUCACACCUUUUCUCAUUCUGAUUAUGUUUUGUUCUGUUAAACUGACAAAAGAUUUAAAGGAAAUUCAGUUUAACAGUUAGCAAAGAUGUCUGUCUUGGGAGUGACUUUUUCCAGAGUAAGUUCUUGUGUCUUUGCUGGUGUCAGAUGCCUAUCCAGAGGACCACUGCUCUUUGAAAGUAUCUCUUGAUAGGAGUAGAAAGAUUAUUGGUGCACAGAUAUGAAGGCUCAGGAAAAAUUCACUGUUUGGCUCUGGAAAAAGACUGUUGGAAGCAUUUCAGCUGAGACUGCUUCCAUUUCAGGUAUAGAGGAAGGUUAAAAAGGACAUGCUGCAAUUUUAGGUAUUUGCAGAUUAAAAUACUGUAAGGUCCAGUGAUGCAUAGACCAUUUAGAAGGCAAUAGGUUAGGUAGAGGUGGAAGAUUAAUUUCUUUUUACAAAUGCUUUGAAUUGCAACAUUGGAACAUCUUUUUGUAUUUUCCAGCAUAUUUUGGUACCAGAUCAAGCCAGAUAAUUGUGUAUCAAUAAGAGGCAGCUUUGUUCUUUGAAUGGAGUUUAAAUCUUACAUUUGAAAAAUUCCAUGUAACCGUGUACAUAC